AUGGCUUCCUCCUUGGUCGCCCACCAGUCUCUUGCUGCCCUCUCCUUCAGCACAGCAGUGAAGGGCGCUGCUUCUGUCUCUGUCAGUCGCCUGGCAGUACCACCUUCCGCCGUCGCUCCCCGCGGCCUUGGGGCUACCGCGCUCCUCGGCUUCAACAAAUCCGCCGUCCCCGCUAAGACCGCUCCCGUUAAGAAGCAACUACGAACCGAGGACGGAAUUUUCGGCACAUCCGGCGGCUUCGGCUUCACGAAAGCUAACGAGCUCUUCGUUGGGCGCGUGGCGAUGCUCGGAUUCGCCGCGUCGCUGCUCGGCGAAGCGGUAACCGGACAGGGAAUCCUCUCGCAACUCAACCUCGAAACCGGAAUCCCUAUCACGGAAGCCGAGCCGCUGCUUCUCUUCUUCAUCGCAUUCACCGUGCUCGGCGCGAUCGGCGGUCUUGGCGACCGCGGGCGAUUCGUGGACGACGAGACGCCUGCGGGUCCGCCGGUGAAGCCGGGGAGCUUUAAGGCGGCGCUAGGGUUGAGCGAGGAUGGGCCGCUGUUCGGAUUUACCAAGGCGAACGAGCUAUUCGUGGGGCGUAUGGCGCAAUUAGGGUUUGCGGCGAGCUUGGUGGGUGAGGUGAUCACCGGGAGAGGCGCGCUGGCGCAGCUGAAUAUCGAGACUGGCUUGCCCGUUUGGGAGCUGGAGCCGCUGCUGCUCGCCAGUAUCGCGUUCUUCUUUAUCGCGGCUAUUAACCCCGGUACAGGGAAGUUCAUUAAUGAUGACGAGUAG